AUGAGUGCCCCCAACAUCGGUCCUGGAUCAGGUUCCGGUUCUGGAUCAGCGCAGAUGGCUGGGUCUGUGCCAGGAUCGUACUUUCCGCUACAUGCCGCACCAGGCCCGCCACCCUCUAUGAUGACAGGCGAAAGUCCACAGAGGUCGACUGUAUCUGCAAGCAAUGCGAACACUAGCAGCAGUGAGGUUUCAUGGGAGGGCCAUGUAAAAGCUGCCGGCGGCCCCGGUGGUAUUAUUGGUGGCGGACGCUCUGUGUCCAUAGCGGAAGGACAGCAGUUCAUUACGAUUACACCCUCCUAUGGCGAUGAGAUCCAUGUUCCUGUGGAUGUACACCAAGCAUCGAAACAAGCAGACGAGAAGCGGCUUCGAAACGCCGGUGCGUCGGCGCGGUUCCGGGCACGAAAAAAGGAGAAGGACCGUGAGGCACAGAUUGGGAUACAAAGACUCGAGGCCGUGAACAGGGACCUGCAGAAACGCAACCAGGAGCUGGAGGCACAGCGCGACUUUUACCGUAACGAGCGAAACCGACUGCGGCACAUCAUGUCGCAGUCACCGAGCAUGCGCGAGUACAUCGAUUCUGGGCCACCAAGUCCCGCGUCUACAUCGCUGAGCGCAACGCCCAACCAGCUUCCGCACAGCAUCUACAAGCGCCGCCUCAGCAGCAGCAGCCACAGCCACAACCUCGUCUGCACCCUCAGCACCUCCCACAACACCAGCCGUAUACGCAACAUCCCCAGCAUCCACACCAGCCGCAACGCCAAAUCACACCGACUCACACACCGGGCCCGUUGUAUCCGCCCAUGA